AUGACUGUCAUACAGGAUUACAGUCAAAGGUCAUCGUCGCAUGUGAACAUGGCGCUCGAGGACAGGUUCGAAGUCCUGAGGGAUAUUGGCGAUGGAAGUUUUGGAAGUGUAGCACUGGCGCGUGUCAAGGGGAAUGGAUCAAACAUUGCACGACGUGGGACCAUGAUUGCAAUCAAAACCAUGAAGAAGACCUUCGAAUCUCUAGCUCCCUGCCUUGAACUGCGCGAGGUCAUCUUCCUCAAGACACUUCCGACCCAUCCUCACCUCGUCGGAGCCCUCGAUAUCUUUCUCGACCCCUACAGCAAGAAGUUACAUAUUUGCAUGGAGUAUAUGGACGGCAAUUUGUAUCAGUUAAUGAAGGCAAGAGAUCAUAAAUGCAUGGACAUACGAAGCGUGAAGAGCAUACUAUACCAGAUCCUGUCUGGCCUCGAUCAUAUCCACGCCCACAACUUUUUUCACCGAGACAUCAAGCCAGAGAACAUUCUCGUCUCCUCCUCCGCACCAGCCGAUUCAUCGUCUUCCUUCAGCCGAUACUCUUCACUUGUAACGCCACCAUCCACACCUCCUGCAUAUUCGAUCAAGAUCGCCGACUUUGGUCUUGCCCGAGAGACCCAAUCAAGGUUGCCAUACACUACAUAUGUUUCCACAAGAUGGUACAGGGCUCCGGAAGUCCUAUUACGAGCUGGCGAGUACUCUGCGCCAGUGGACAUGUGGGCUAUCGGUGCCAUGGCUGUCGAAAUCGCUACUCUCAAACCGUUGUUCCCUGGCGGUAAUGAAGUUGAUCAAGUGUGGAGAGUGUGUGAGAUCAUGGGCAGUCCUGGAAACUGGUAUACGAAAAAUGGAAGCAAGGUUGGAGGUGGUGAGUGGCGAGAUGGCACACGUCUAGCCCAAAAGCUCGGCUUCUCUUUCCCCAAGAUGGCACCUCAUGCCAUGGAUACUAUCCUCCAGCCUCCCCAAUGGCCAGCAUCCUUUGCCUCAUUCGUUACUUGGUGUCUGAUGUGGGAUCCGAGGAACAGACCAACAUCUUUACAGGCCAUGGAGCACGAGUUCUUUACUGACGCUGUCGACCCACUCAGACCGAAGAGCUCGUCACGUCUUCUUGGCCGGAAACAUUCAGACCUCAGCUUCAGGUCGAAAGAGGCUGAGCCUGUGCUUACGUCGAAACCAUCUUGGUUCAGACGGUCGCUGGUUGCUCGGGAAAGUGCACCUGCUGUGCCCUUACAUAAGCCAGCUCCCUCAACACAUACAGAAGUCACAAAUGGAAAGCAAAGGCCGCCUGCCAAUAAAAGGGCUACGUGGCAAGGUACGCCAGCAUCAGGUGCUCCUAUGCCUAUUCUACCCUCAAUCAAGCCGAUUUCCCCUAUUCCGAACACUGUCAACGCUCAAGCAGAACAAUCUGCGUCACAAAAGGCGGAGAGAAAAGUGUCAGUGUCAUCAGAGGAAAGGAAGAAAAUUGGUCGACAGUUAUCUGUUAACUCUCAUGGCAACCACUACCCUGAUGUGCACAGGGCAGAAGCAGAGAAGGCACUCAAUGGUCAAAGUGGCCUGGUAUCACCACCGUCUGGGCAGAAAGAGAGCUUCUUUUCACAUCUACGCAAGAGAGCUAGAAGAUUUUCCGGUCGUCAUGGCCUUGCAUCCCCGAAUGGUGACGAUAUCGAAGCGCAGGCAGCCACAGCACCUUGGUCUAACAGAUCGUCAAUGGUUGUUGACAAAAUAAUACCCGAAGCACAUACAGACUUCUUUGACCUCGACAAGGCUCUUCAGAGCGUGCGAUACAGUCUGGAAAAGGCUGAGGAACAACGGUUACUACCACAAGCACCUGCAGUUCAAAAACCAGGUCAAGGCACACUCAAGCGAACUCACUCCCUGCAAAGGUCACGAUCACAAAAGCUGGCUGACGAGCUUGUCUCCGCGAAUCAGGCUACUGGCCGUCCAAGACGAACGUUACAUCUUUCGGGCAAUCCAGUGCAGCAGUACGAUAUCCCAGCCGAAGAAGACGAGUUACUUGAUGAAGUGUUGGUAAGCGCUCGUCGUGCUGCAAGACGACUUAAUCUUGACUCAUCACCACAGAAGCCGGUCCACCGUGCUGCUUACAACAUGCCGAGUGAUCCUGCUCUCCAUAAUGCGUAUAUGACGCCAUCGCACUCUGCUAAUCGAGACGGAGUCCAGUUUGGCUAUUCGUCUCAGACGCCUUCUCAACCUAUGAACAUCGUCCAACAAAAACAUGAGGAACUGGCCCCGUCGCAUUGGCCAACACCUCCUUACGAAGAGCCAGAUCCUUCCUGGGCUGCUCGCACCGCAGCACAGAUUUUCUCCUUGAAUUCAGCAUCGGCAUAUAGAUAA